AACUAUUUAUAGCGGGAGCAGCGGGCCGGGAUCCCGGCCCCGGCAGCAGCGGGCCAGGCGCUGAGGUGAGCGGAGCUCGGGGGCUGCGAGCGGGCGAUUCCAGCAGGACGCGGCCCCUCCAUCCGCACGGGCCGGAGGUGCCCCAGGGCCCGGGCAGGGCUGGGCCCCGCGGGCAGCCCCGGGCAGCCGCGUCCCGGCAGCGGAGCGGCCCCGAGCCGGCUCCGGCCGAGCGGGGCCGCCGCUCCGGCAGCCGCUGCCCUCGGCGCCGCCGCUGACACCCUCCGUGCCUGCGCUGCCGGCAGCUGCCCCUGCACAGCCCUCGCCUCCCCGCUGCGCUCUGCCCUGCGCUCAGCCAGCCCGGCGGAGCCCGCACGGCCCCACCCAAACACCCCGAGAUGGGACAGGACAAUUGCAAACCCCGGCCUGGGGACCUGAUCGAGAUCGACCGGCCUCGUCAUCAGCACUGGGCGAUCUACAUGGGGCAUGGAUAUGUCAUCAACUUGACACCUGUAGAUAAGCCGGGCCUAAAGCCGGGAGCCCACACAAUGCCAGUAUUCAUCAGAAAGGUGAAGAAGCAGCGACUGAAGAAGGUGGUGAAAAAACAUAAAUGGCAUGUCAACAACAAGUAUGACCAUUCAUACCCUCCUCUCCCAGUGAAGGAGAUCAUUCAGCGUGCUGAGAGUUAUAUUGACAGGGAGUUGAACUAUUCUGGGUUUGGUAGCAACUGUGAGUACUUUGUGAUAGAGCUUCGAUAUGGAGAAGGAGUCUCUGAGCAGCUGAGGGCUGUUAUACGUGAAGAAGUGCGCAUUCUUGGUAUGACAGACGACAAGGAUGACCCCAGCCUUGGGGACCUGAUCGAGAUCAAGCGACCAGCGUACCAGCACUGGGCCCUCUACUUGGGGAAAGGAUAUGUCAUCCAUGUGACUGGUGCAGAUGAAGCAGCCUCAUCCCCGUCAACCAGCAGUGGGUCAGUAGUUCUCAGAAGAGCCAAGGUGAAGAAGGAGCUCCUGAAGGAGGUGGUGGAAAAGGAUGAAUGGCGUGUCAACAACAAGUAUGACUGCUACCGCACUCCUUUCCCUGUGGAGGAGAUCAUCCGGCGUGCUGAGCAAUGGAUUGACAAGGAGCUGCCAUAUCGUUUGUUCCUCAAGAACUGUGAGCACUUUGUGACAAUGCUUCGCUAUGGAGAUGGAGUCUCUGAGCAGGCCAAGACAGCGCUUCAGAAUAUUAAUUCUGUUUCUUCUGCAGUGAUGGCUGGGAUAGGAGCUGUCAGUCUAAUGGCUGUGGCCAGUAUUCCUGUGAUUGGUCUUCCUCUUGUGGCCGGUGCUCCCUUUGUGGUUGCUGGUAGUGGUAGUCUUCUUGCCUGUAUUGGUUUAUCUUCCAGCAAUGUUGCUCAUUCCGUCACCUUUGGCAAAUUUGAAAAGGCGGGGAGAGAUAUACUAGAACGGAGUUGCUGUUAGGAAGAGCUCAAGCAAGGCAUGGAGUCCCUGGUCACUGUUUAGCUUUUGCCACAAGUGUAAUGAACACUUAUUAGCAACUGCUGUGAUAAUUAAUUCAAAGACUUAUUAAACUGUAAAUAUCCAAAUUCA